CGCCGCUCCCUGACCCGGAAGCGCUCGGCGGCGGCGGGGCCACUUCCGGCGGGUGCGGGCCGGGCCUCGGGCGGCCGCGCUCCCGCGGGUCCACCGCCGCCGCUGUCAUGGGCAAGAAGCACAAGAAGCACAAGGCCGAGUGGCGCUCGUCCUACGAGGAUUAUGCAGAUGCACCACUGGAGAAGCCUCUGAAGCUGGUGCUCAAGGUGGGCGGGAGUGAGGUGACGGAGCUCUCAGGCUCAGGCCACGACUCGAGCUACUACGAGGACCGGUCAGACCAUGAGAGGGAGAGACACAGAGAGAAGAAGAAGAAGAAGAAGAAGAAGUCGGAGAAGGAGAAGCAUCCGGAUGACGAAGAGCGGAGGAAGCGGAAGGAGGAGAAGAAGCGGAAGCGGGAGAAGGAGCACUGUGACACAGAGGGAGAGGCCGAUGACUUCGACCCCGGGAGGAAGGUGGAGGUGGAGCCGCCCCCCGACCGGCCCGUGCGCGCUUGCCGGACACAGCCAGCCGAGACCGAGAGCACGCCCAUCCAGCAGCUCCUGCAGCACUUCCUCCGCCAGCUGCAGAGAAAAGACCCUCAUGGGUUCUUUGCUUUUCCUGUCACGGACGCAAUCGCUCCUGGAUAUUCGAUGAUAAUAAAACACCCAAUGGACUUCGGCACAAUGAAAGACAAGAUUGUAGCCAAUGAAUACAAGUCAGUCACAGAGUUUAAGGCAGACUUCAAGCUGAUGUGCGACAACGCCAUGACCUACAACCGGCCCGACACGGUGUACUACAAGCUGGCGAAGAAGAUCCUGCACGCGGGCUUUAAGAUGAUGAGCAAAGAGCGGCUGUUAGCUUUGAAGCGCAGCAUGUCGUUUAUGCAGGACAUGGAUUUCUCUCAGCAGGCAGCUCUCUUGGGCAGUGAGGACGCGGCCGUUGAGGAGCCCGUUCCUGAGGCUGUGCCUGUGCAAGUAGAAACUGCCAAGAAGUCCAAAAAGCCGAGUAGAGAAGUCAUCAGCUGCGUGUUCGAGCCUGAAGGGAAUGCCUGCAGCCUGACGGACAGCACCGCAGAGGAGCACGUGCUGGCCCUGGUGGAGCACGCGGCCGACGAGGCCCGGGACAGGAUCAGCCGGCUCCUCCCGGGCGGCAAGAUGGGCUACCUGAAGAAGCUUGGAGACGGGAGCCUGCUCUACAGCGUGGUGAAUGCAGCUGAGCCAGAUGCCGAUGAAGAGGAGACGCACCCUGUGGACCUGAGCUCGCUCUCCAGCAAGCUGCUCCCGGGCUUCACGACGCUGGGCUUCAAGGACGAAAGAAGAAGCAAAGUCACGUUCCUCUCCAGUGCCAGCACCGCGCUCUCCAUGCAGAAUAACUCUGUAUUUGGCGACUUAAAGUCGGAUGAGACGGAGCUGCUGUACUCGGCCUAUGGGGAUGAGACGGGUGUGCAGUGUGCACUGAGCCUGCAGGAGUUCGUGAAGGAUGCUGGGAGCUACAGCAGGAGGAUGGUGGACGACCUUCUGGACCAGAUCACCGGCGGAGACCACUCGAGGGUACUCUUCCAGCUGAAGCAGAGGAGAAACGCUCCCCCAAGACCCCCGGACGAAGUGAAGGCGGGGGACCCCCUGGGGGACAGCAGCUCUGUCUUGGACUUCAUGUCGGUGAAGUCGUACUCUGAGGCCUCUCUGGACGUGUCCGUGCUCAGCUCUCUGGGGAAGGUGCAGAAGGAGCUGGAGCGUGAUGGCAGCCACCUGACCCUGGACGAGGCGGCAAAGCUGCUGCAGGACCUGCAGGAGGCGCAGGCGGAGCGGGGCGGCUCCCGGCCCUCCUCCAACCUCAGCUCCCUGUCCAACGCCUCCGAGAGGGAGCCGCACCCCCCAGGCAGUCCCCACCUCAGCGUCGGGGAGCCGCCGGACGCGGCGCACGACCCUUACGAGUUCCUGCAGUCUCCGGAGCCCGCGGCGUCCGUGAAGAACUAGCUGCCGGCGGCCCCAGGGUCUGGCUCCGUGCCAUCUGCAUCUGCAUUCCUGCCGUGAGACAGGCGUCGAUCUCGUCCCCUUCACGUGCAGGGGUGGCUGGGGCAGGACGCCCCUCUGUGCCAUCAGUCGGUUGGCAGAGCCCCGGCAGCACCUGGCGCGGCCCUGAGGGUCCCGAGUGGCCACGGGCACCGGGGUUUGCAGCGGGUGCUGAGCUGAGGGGCCUGCCCCACCUGCACGCCUGGCGAGCCCACCCCUGCACCCCGAGGGCCGUGCAGGGUCGCCAGGCGAGGCAGCUGGACCCCGCCGUGUGAUAUCUGGACCUGAGCAGUGCAGCCCGGGGGAGGGCGAGCUGUCCGGGGGCAGGAAGGUCAGCCAGGGGAUGUCCGGAAUGGGCCUUUCCUGGAGGCUAUUCGAUUGCAGAGUGCUGCAUACAAACCCAAUAAAG